AUGCCUGGGUCGGGCGGAAACACACAGGUAACAGUCACCCACAGCAUACAUAGCAGCAAGGAUAGCAUCAUAAUCAAGAUCAAAGAUAGCAACCCCCGACUUAAGCAGAUCACCCCAGCGAGGGAUCUCAGUGGCGUCAGGAAACUGUGUACGCCAAGCGUCAGUCAGGCGGCCGAAACAGUGGAGCGUGGCGUGCGGGCCGCCGCACGUCUCUCCACUGCGGUCGCCGGUGCGGAGAACGGUCUCACGAGGGCGCUGCUGCUGCUGGCGCUGGCCACCGCCAAAGCCUCCCCGCUGCACAGCACCACCCCGACCAGCACCACCGCCGCUGCCACCCCCACCGCCUCCGCCGCCGCCGCCGCCACCUCCACCCCCACUGCCGCCGCCUCCGCUGCCUCCACCUCCACCACCGCUACCGAAGCCCCCACUCCCGCCACCACCCCCACCUCCACCCCCACCCCCUCCACCGCCUCCACCGCCUCCACCGCCACCACCGCCGCCCCCGCCAUCCCCUCCAGCACCCUUGCCCCCCUUGCUCCUGCCGCUGCGGCGCCUCCCACUAGGAGCAGACGCAGCUCCGACCGACUCGGUGCCAACGAGGUCGACAGCAGCAGCAGAGGCAACAGAGGGCAAAAGAGGGAUGGGGGAGCACCCCUCAAAGAAAGGGGCACGAGGGUCACCACGAGAGGCUCCUACAGCGACUAUACUCUUCUCAGCUGCAAGGAGGCGCUCCUCGAGGAGGUCAACGGUGAGCGUGGUGGGGCAAAGGGAGAGGAAGUGGUCCCUGACCGAGCGAAGGGAGUCAGGGAGCCGGGUGACGAGGUAGUAGAGAGUGAUGUACAUAGGGGGGGGGUUCGCGGCGCAGAACUCGGCAGGAAGCGCAGCGCGGUAGCGGGUGUCACUAGUGCGGAGGUGCGUAAUGAGGUCAGCGACCGUGGCAAAAGCAGCUAG